CCGAUAUUCAGAGGACCAUGGAAGGCCCCAAUCAUCUCCUCUCGCUCAAGGUCAUGCGGGUCUCCCGACCCGCGUUGGCUGGUGCUUGGGAGCCGUUUUAUUCCAGUUCACCCUCCUUCUCUGCUCGCUCGACUGCAUCCAUACUGUCCUUGCAAGGCAGCGCGCCAUUGCCCGGUCAUCCGAAGACACUCCGUGACCUGUCCAACCCCACCAACCUCCUCACAUUGCCCGCAGCCUUUGGCUCCAUACAACUAGGAGAAACAUUCACAUCUUGCCUUUGUAUCAACAAUGAAGCUGCAGUGGAUGUGCAGGCCGUCAGCAUGAAGGUGGAGAUGCAGACCGCGACGACGAAAACAACAUUAGCCGAUAUUGGAGGACCAGACUUUACGUUGGCACCAGGCGGCGUGUCCGAAAACGUCGUCAGCCACGAGAUUAAGGAGCUCGGGCAGCAUGUCCUCGCAUGCACGGUAUCGUAUCGCUUGCCCUCCAGCGUUCGGCAUGCGCCUGCCGGCUCAGUCGAUCCCGCGAACCCCCACCUCGCGACCUUUCGCAAGUUUUACAAAUUCGCGGUCACGAAUCCCCUUUCCGUGAAGACUAAAGUGCAUGUCCCGCGCUCACCCUCGGCGCUGCUCUCGCGUACCGAGCGCGAAAAGGUCUUCCUCGAAGUCCACAUCCAGAACCUCACCCAGGACGCGAUGUGGUUCGAACGCAUCCAAUUUGAACCUUCCGACGGAUGGCAGCACGAUUCGAGUAGUGCCACGCCCGUCGUGUCCGAGUCGCUGAUGCAGCCGCAGGACACGCGCCAGUUCCUCUACGUCCUCUCUCCCCUCUCCAUCCCCGACUUUCCCGUGACGCACGCCCCUGGGAGUAUCCUGCCCCUCGGUCGUCUGGACAUUUCCUGGCGCUCGGGCUUUGGCGAGCCAGGCCGCCUCAUCACCUCCACCCUCUCGCGUCGCAUCCCCCUCCCUCCUGCUGCCCCCGCGCCUACCGCACAGUCAACCGCGCCUCAUCCGCCCGCAUCUGCGGUCCCUCCCUAUCUGCAGCGCAAGGCCAGCGUAUCUGGUGGCGGGCCUAUCCGAUCGGGCUCUCCACAGCUACCCAUCGGCGCGCGACCGGCCACGCCGCCCUUAGGACCCGUCCCUGCGCGCACAGGCUCACCAUUCCGCAACCGGCCGGCGAGCGUAGCCCCGAGCGCGCGGCCCCAGUCUCCAAGCCUCGUCGGGGCAAACGUACCGGGUACCCCAGCGCCGGCGCCGGCGGCUCCUCCUCCACCGCCCGAUUUCGACGUCGACCUCGUGGUGCGCACCCCGCCGCCGAACCCCGCACCCGUCGAGGAGCCCGUCACCCUCGGCUUCACGCUCUCGGUAUCGGCGCCUUCGCCCCCAGCCGGGCGGCGCAGGGUGCUCACCCUUGCGGUGCAGCACGUCCAGCCGCCCCGCGUCGCGCCCGCGCCGAGGCCCGCGCCGCCGAACCCGCACGAGCCCUUCACGCCCCGCCUGCCCUCGUCCGGGUUCUCGACGCCGACGACGGUCGUCGCGCCCAAGCCCGACUUUGCGCGCGCGCUGGACGAGAAGCUGCUGGUCGCGUCCCCGCGCGUGACGGAGCGCGCCGCGGGGGUCGCGUUUCCGCCACCGUUUUCCGCCACCGUCAGGGCGGGCGGAGCGCUUUUCCUCGGAGGUUCGGUGACGGUGCUAGAGAAAGUGGUGGUGGCGCCGCGCGAGCAGCGCGAACCGGUGCCGCUUGAACGGGAAAAGGCGUCGCUGGACGAGUCGACUGCGACCGUCGGCCCGCCGCCUCCCGCGCCUCGGAGUGUCGUCUCGCGGGAUUUCGAGCUGACGUGGUUGCCGGUUCGGACGGGGUUCGUGACGGUUGGCGGGGUGCGCGUGCUCCUGGUGGACGAUCAUACAACCGUCGAGGAUGGCGAGGACGCGCCUGCAACGAUCACUGCGGAGGCGAGGGUACUCAGGCAGUGGGACGUCGUCGCUGAGAUGUGGGUCGUCAGUUGAAGGGCGCCAGUGUACAAGCUCGUUGGACUUAUAGCGCGCUACCUCCACCCCUUUGUAUCCAUAUUGGCUCAGCUGGUCGACAUUCCCUGACGGACCUCCUCUCCGUCGUCGACCUUCCACUGCAAUCCUAGAGCUCAACAUCAGC